AUGGCCUCCUGCUCCUGGGCGCGGCCCUUGCUGGCCGGGCUGCUGCUGGCCCUGGCGCUGCCCCCGGCGGCGUCGCGCGGCCCCUGGAGCGCGGCGAGCACGGCGUGCCACACGGUGUCGGCGGCGGCGGGCAGCGGCGGCCGGCUGCGGAGCUUCGUGUGGCGUCGGGGCGGCGGGGCCGGCGCGCUGCUGGUGCGGGGCGCGUGGGACGCGCGGGGGCGGCCGCUGGGCUGCGCCUGGCGCGCAGAGCCCGCGCUGCUGGCCUCCUGCGAGGGCGGCGCGGGGCGCGGGGCGCGCGCCGCGUGGGGCCCGGAGCUGCGGCGCGACCUGGACGCCUUGGCGGAGCGGCGGGGCUGGUGCCGGGGAGCGGAGCGGCCGGGGCCGGCCCGGGGCGGGCGGGUGCGACGCGGCUGGACCAUGCCGGGGACCCUGUGGUGCGGCGCGGGCAACUCGGCGGGCAGCGCUUCCGAGCUGGGGGUUUUCCAGGGCCCAGAUGUGUGCUGUCGAGAACACGACCAGUGUGAAACUCAGAUCACUGCCUUGGGAUACAAAUAUGGGAUGCGGAAUUACCGAUUCCACACCAUCUCUCACUGCGACUGCGAUGCUCGGUUCAGGCAGUGCCUGAUGUCCCUCAACGACACCAUCUCCAACUUCAUUGGCGUCAGCUUCUUCAACCUUCUGGAAGUUCCUUGCUUUGUCCUGGAGGAGAACGAAGAGUGCAUGGAGUGGCACUGGUGGGGCGGGUGUAAGAACUAUGGCCCGAUGCCUUUGGCUCGCCUGGUUGAACAAAGCCAAUACGGACACGACCUGCCAUUCAAUGAGAAAUCUGACCUUACCACGUCUCUUCCACCUCCUUCUCGUCGUCCCGGAAGGCAUAGGGGCAAGAGCCGGAAGCACCCUCGAAAGAACCGCCGGAAGCGCCCUGGUCAAGAGGCUGCCAAGAGGCAGAGGCUGGAUCCGGAACAUGAGAAGAGGCAGGAUUUGGUCACUCCACUGAUCCCCAUCUCCAGGCUAGAUCUGACCGUGUCGUCCCCAGUACCCACAAGCCCAAGGAUUACCCCCAUAACCUGGGGAGCCAUGCCCCUGUUGCCUACGGUUGAGGCCACUGCAGAAGCAGGUAUUUUGCAGACAGGAACUACACCCUCGAGGGGGCAUCCGGCCACCCAGCAAGCCCAUCCAAAAGAAGCCAGGCUGCCCAGUGAGGUGCUACAGACAGGGAAACCACUCUUGGCCACCAGUGGACCCAGAUACACCACUCUGCCAGACAGCUCAGCUUCCUCCCAGAGCUGUAACUGCUACAGACGCCUGGACCAGUGCCCAUACAGGAUCGCGCCCAACGAGGUCAAGUACCAGCUGCACAACUUGGACUCCCGCACCCUCUACCACUGCAACUGCACCCGCAGGCUGGCCCGGUUCCUGCGCAAGACGAAGGGUCCCAACGAGGUGGAGGAGGAAGUGCUAUCCGACUACGUCUCCUCCUCCUGUUUCCAGUUGCAAGCCCCACCGGGCUGCAUGGAGGGAGAGGAAGAGCGCCCCAACUGCAUCGACGUAGGCAGAGCCAUCUUGGCCCCUGCCCGCCAUCUCACUAACAGACUGACCCGGAAGCAACCGGGGGCCUCCUUCAAACGGAAGCGGCAAGAAUGGGCAGUGCCGGACAGGCCUGUGCAGCUGUAUGAAAAGUGUAUGCAGUUGGCACAGGCACCACACCCCACCAUGCUUCGUUGAGGUGGCGACAGAAUUUCCAAGUGGACAUUGUGGGGAAAGGGGG